AUGUUGGGGAACGUGACGAAGCUCGGCUUCUCGCCUCCGGCACACGUUACGAGUUUCGAAGGACAGAUCAUGAGUGCCUCGUCUGCCGACGUGUGCUCGGGCUGUCCCUACGGCGCGAUUGCACUGGCUGACUUUACAGCAGAGGUCCCAGGCGAGCUCAGCUUCACGCGCUGUACAGUGAUGCUAAUUGUGUCGACCUCUCCGGGAAAUGGCUGGCUGAUGGCCCGGCUAGCGGACGAGCGGGGCCUCGUGCCGGAGAGCUACGUCCGUCGCCACGAGCUGCAGCCCGCGGUGAUGUGUCACGACUUUGAUGCGGAGGAGACGGCAGAGCUGUCCACCCGUCGAGGCGAGCGGCUGAGCAUCGUCGCCUCGAUCGCGGCGCCGGCAGGCUGGACAUUUGUUGUACGCACGCAUGGCAGCGGGGCUGUGGGGCCCGGUCUGGUCCCCUGCGAUUGGCUCAUUCGGUCGCCGGCAGUGCGCAUGCGAGCCGCGUUUCAGCGCGAGGUGGUGGGGGGCCAAUGCGGAUAUCCGGCGAUUAUCGCUUCUCCAAUCACUGGCGGUUGGACCGAGGCGCGCGACGCCCGCCCGUUUGUCUCAAACCUAGCUUCGCUGCGCAUCGGCCACAAGUUUAUCGCUACCGAGUCCAUCACCGGCGUCCCGGCUGACACUAUCAGCCGGCGAGACUUGCCUCGGUUCGACGUGCGCAUCCCCUUGCUGGGACGGGCCUCGGAGAGGGUUGCGCCCGUCUACGAUGUCGACGAGGCUGCGGACGGGGCCGCACAGCCUGCAGACAGUGGCACGGCCGCGGCGCAUGCCGCCGCUGGGUCUCGAUCGCUCUCCCGCGUUGUGCCGAUCAACCCUUGGGACGAUCCCGACGUGCUGCAGGCGCGCCUAGCCGGGGCGCCGCAGCGGGAUGCAACGGCGAGCACCAGCGAAGGCCACGCUGAGAUCGCCUGCCGCCUCGCGCGAGCGCGGUAA